AGUUAGGGCUUUCAUUCUUGCUAUUUAUGGCGGGGAGUCUUUAAUGUAAGAACCAUUUUGCUAAAGUAGCCAGCUUCGAGUUUGUGAUUUCGGCAGCUGCAACAAUGGUCUUUAUCAAGGCACAAAAGUCAAGGGCAUAUUUCAAGAGGUUUCAGGUCAAGUUUAAGAGAAGAAGAGAGGGCAAGACAGACUACAGGGCCAGAAUUCGCCUUAUAAAUCAAGACAAGAACAAGUACAACACUCCUAAGUAUCGGUUUGUUGUGCGAUUCUCCAACAAGGACAUAGUUGCACAAAUUGUAUCUGCAACUAUUGCUGGUGAUAAUGUUCUUGCUGCUGCAUAUGCUCAUGAGUUGCCUCACUAUGGUCUUGAAGUAGGUCUCACAAAUUAUGCUGCAGCUUAUUGCACCGGACUUCUCUUGGCUCGUCGCGUGUUGAAAAUGCUUGAGAUGGAUGAUGAGUAUGUAGGCAAUGUUGAGGCUAGUGGAGAGGAUUUCUCCGUGGAGCCAGCUGAGAGCAGGAGACCUUUCCGUGCUCUACUUGAUGUAGGCCUCAUCAGAACCACUACAGGAAACUGCGUCUUUGGUGCUUUGAAGGGUGCUCUAGAUGGUGGAUUAGAUAUUCCUCACAGUGACAAGAGGUUUGCUGGAUUCUCAAAGGAGUCUAAGCAGCUUGAUGCCGAUCUUCACCAUAAGUAUAUAUAUGGUGGACAUGUUGCUGCAUACAUGAGGACUUUGAUAGAAGAUGAACCAGAAAAGUAUCAGACUCAUUUCAGCAAGUAUAUUAAGCAAGGUGUAGAUGCUGAUAGCAUCGAGGAGCUGUACAAAAAGGUUCACGCUGCCAUCCGAGCCGACCCAACUCAGAAGAAGUCGUCGAAACAGGCUCCUAAGCAACACAAGAGGUAUAACUUGAAGAGGCUGACCUAUGCGGAGAGGAGAUCCAAACUGAUCCAACGCUUGAAUGCCCUGAACGACGCAGUCGAUGACGACGACGAGUGAAAGAUCCAAACAUUGUUUAGUUGUUAGUGAGUUUUUAUCCGAAUUUAUUGAAACAGUUUUGCAAUUGGCGGGUUUGAAGUUUAGAUAUUUUUAUUUCAACUAGUUUUGCUUCGCCAUUAAUGGUAGUUGAUAUGGUGACUUAAUCACAUAAUUAAAUUAAAUACUCAUUGACAAAUGAACUGUAUUUUCAUUUCUUUAUGCAUCAAUCAAUCAUCUCUACCUAUUAUGCUA